AUGCUUGCGGGCGCACGCCGCUUCUUGCCAAGUUCCAACGACAAGUCACGAACUCAAGCCCAGCUCUCAACAGUCAUCAAGCGCAUCUCCAAUGUUUUGAUCGUUUCAGAUGGCAAUCAUACCUAUGGUCGCGACCAUCGAACUAUCGACGUUCUAGCAGAUUUGCCACCGAACACGUACCUGAAACCAGAGGACUACGUCGUUUACGAGACGCAGAAGAACGCAAGUCGACACAGCACGAAGCUACAACAGGGCCAUGAAGGGUGGAGAAUUGACAAGUACAAGUUCUUACCGGAAGUUGAAAAGGCGAUUGAGCACAACAGCGCGGCCGAGUGGUACGUCUUCUUGGAGAGCGAUACAUACAUCUUCUGGGACAACGUCUUCCGUCUUCUGGAGAACUACAAUAGUUCACUGCCUUACUACUUUGGAUCGCCUUCGCCUGGAAGAAAGUACCGUUCUGGAUCGCAAUCCGAAUCCGAGAAACAGGUCUGGUUCGCGUACGGAGGCGCCGACUUCAUACUUUCCCAAGCCGCUGCGCAUCGACUCGUUGAUCGCCCCCGCAAUGCCCUCGGUCUAAAAGGCCCUCGUCCCUCCACAGAAUACAAAGAAGACAUCAGAGCCGAUUGUUGUGGCGACAGCAUACUAGGGUGGGCGCUGCAUGACAAAGCUGGCAUCGAUAUCAGCGGUCUAUGGCCCAUGUUCAGCCCCCAUAGACUCGAAAACGUCCCCUUCGGUGAGGACCACUGGUGCGAGCCCGUCAUCAGCCUACAUAAAACAUACCCAGCUCUCUACAAAGACCUCUGGUCAUGGGAGAACGAAUGGAAAGCAAAGAGCGACCUUCCCAUGCGCUAUCGCAACCUGUUAUACCGCGCCCUGCUCUCCGCCUUGCAAGGCGGACAUCCGCAGCGCGAGAACUGGGACGCAGCCUUCGACGCGGGGUUCCAGCUCCCACAAAAUUCUACAGUCCAUACGAGCCUUGAUGCUUGA